UGGCGCAUUCCAUUACAGGAAGUGUGUACUAGAUACUAGUAAAACAAUAAAAUAAGUGAUUUAUUGCUAUUUCUCAGUAAUUUCUUCUUAUUAUUAUAAACCUUUCAUACAAUAGAUAUGAUCACUUCGAAAACAUUUUUAAAAAAGACGAGAAGAGGAUCUGUCCUAAAAGUGGUUCGAGAACACUACUUGAGAGAUGAUAUAUGGUGUGGGUCGUCUUCUUGUGUUCAAUGUUCUGAUCCAAACCCUUCUUUGGAGAAACAGCCGAAGAGUUUCAGCACAUUGUAUACAGAACCGCACUACUUGAUUCCAGAUACUAAUGUUGUUCUUCAUCAGAUGGAUGUUUUAGAAGAUCCAGUAUUUCAGAAUGUCAUCAUUUUACAGACUGUGCUACAAGAAGUACGUCACCGUCACUCCCCUAUUUACGGUCGAAUCAAAGAAGUUCUGACUAAUAAAGAAAGACACUUCCAUUCAUUUACCAAUGAACAUCACAAGUUAGUAUGA